GCUAAUAUAAAGAUUAUGUAUUUGAAAAUACUUGAAUUAAGACACCAAAACAAUACCUUUUGAGUGUGACCAGAUUGCUGUCUUCUCUCCCCCUGCCCCUCCUCCUCCUUCUGGUACUAGGGUCUUCUCUGCCAGACAAGUGCUCCCUUGCUCAGCUACCUUUCUUCCCAUUUCCCAUGUUGAAACUGGGUCUUGCCUAGUUGCUCAGGAUAGCCUUAAACUGUAGCCCAGGCAGGCCUUGAACUCCCAGUCCUUUUACUUACCCUCCUUAGGAGCUGGGAUUAUAAACCUGUGUUAGCAGGCCUGGUGUGGAUUAUGCUUUUCUUAGAAAAGAAAUCAUAUUCAUAAAUAAACAUUUCUAAGGGUGUGUGGUGCUGGGCAUGAAUGAGCUCAGGGUCUUGUGCAUGCUAGGCAAGUUCUCUACCACUUGAGCUACAUCCCAGUUCAGUAUGCAUCUUUAAUGUGGGAAGGAUUUAUCCAGUAACAGUUUUCUUUCUUAAGACAGGGUUUUACUGUGUAAUCCAGGGUGGUCUUGAAUUUACCAUCCUCCUGCAUUGCCUCCUGAGUGUUGGAAUGACAGAUAAACAUUACCAUACUUGGCCAGUAUGAUAUUUUGGCAAAAAUAAAGUACUUAUUUCACUACAGUCAGUUUUUAUAUGCUUCAGUUAAGCCAAUGAGUUUUUAAGCUGCCAUAUGGCAAAAUUGAUCCCAGGAAAAAAAUGUUCUCAUUAUUGUAAGGAUGGUAACUUGUGCAUCUUUAUCCUUGAAUUUGAAGAACAACAAAACCAUCGCUAAUAUCCAGGAUGUCAGGGGAUUUUCCACCUAGCGGAUAUGGUUAAUGUUCGGGGUGUAUUGCACCAUUCCCGUUUUAAGAACAGACAUCAUGAUCGAGAGGGUUUGCUGAGCAUGGCAAAUGCAGGCCCCAAUACAAACGGUUCUCAGUUCUUUAUCACAACAGUUCCAACUCCUCAUUUGGAUGGGAAACAUGUGAUAUUUGGUCAAGUCAUUAAAGGACUAGGUGUGGCAAGGAUGCUUGAAAAUGUAGAAGUGAAUGGCGAAAAACCUGCCAAACCGUGUGUUAUUGCAGACUGUGGAGAACUCAAAGACGGGGAUGACUGGGGAAUAUUCCCCCGAGACGGCUCUGGUGACAGUCAUCCAGAUUUCCCUGAGGAUGCAGACAUAGACCUCAAAGAUGUAGAUAAAAUUUUAUUAAUAUCUGAAGACUUAAAAAACAUUGGAAAUACUUUUUUCAAGUCUCAGAACUGGGAGAUGGCUAUUAAAAAAUAUGCAAAGGUUUUAAGAUACGUGGACAGUUCAAAGGCUGUGAUUGAGAAAGCAGAUACAGCCAGACUGCAACCUAUAGCCUUAAGCUGUGUACUAAAUAUUGGUGCUUGUAAAUUGAAGAUGUCAAAUUGGCAGGGAGCAAUUGACAGUUGUUUGGAGGCUCUUGAAAUGGACCCAUCAAAUACCAAAGCACUAUACCGCAAAGCACAAGGAUGGCAAGGAUUAAAAGAAUAUGAUCAAGCAUUGGCUGAUCUUAAGAAGGCACAGGAGAUAGCCCCUGGAGAUAAAGCUAUCCAGGCAGAGUUGCUUAAAGUCAAACAAAUGAUAAAGGCACAGAAAGAUAAAGAGAAGGCGGUGUAUGCAAAAAUGUUUGCUUAAAAAUAAUUAAACUUUGCUUAAAUAUUAUACAUUAAUGAUAAUGUAAGUUACUGUCUACAUAUGAUCCCUGAAAUGUUUCUCUUGAUUUUUUGUCAUCAUUGUUUACGUAGAAGUACUGACAUAGGUUUCUUCUUAAUAAAGUGUUACAAAAUGCA